AUGUCAGAGCCUUCCACACCUCUUGUUGGUUCUCCACCUGAUGGACAGAAGUUCAAGAAGCUUCUCAACCGCUUAAGCGGGCAACCAGCCUCGUACUCCCGUAAACAACACUACACAUUUGGCAAGACUCUUGGGGCUGGAUCGUUCGGGAUUGUAAGAUAUGCCCGUGAUAAUGUCAGCAACGAAGAAGUAGCCGUCAAGAUCAUCUUGAAGAAGGCCCUCAAGGGCAACGAGGACAUGAUCAUUCAGGAGUUGAAGUUGCUCCAGGAAUUGCGCCAUCCACAUAUCGUAGGUUUCCGCGACUGGUUCGAGUCUAAGGACAAGUUCUAUAUCGUAACUCAGUUGGCUACUGGGGGUGAGUUGUUUGAUCGUAUUGUUCGAAAAGGUAAGUUCACCGAGCACGACGCCUCAUUAGUGAUUGUCCAGAUGUUGGAAGCUAUUGAAUAUUUACACAACCAAGACAUUGUCCACAGAGACUUGAAGCCCGAAAAUAUCUUGUACUUGACACCAGAAGAGAACUCCAAUGUGGUAUUGGCUGAUUUUGGAAUCGCUAAGAGGUUGCAGUCUCCGAAUGAGAAAUUGACGAGUUCAGCUGGUUCUUUUGGCUAUGCAGCCCCAGAAGUUAUAUUAGGCACUGGACAUGGCAAACCUUGUGAUAUCUGGUCCUUGGGUGUCAUCACGUAUACGUUGUUAUGUGGCUACUCGCCGUUCCGUUCGGAGAACGUUCAGGACUUCAUUUCUGAAGUCAAACAUAACAAUGCUGUAAUUUUCCAUGCCGACUACUGGAAAGAUGUCAGUAAGGAUGCUCGCAGAUUUAUUGUAAAAGCAUUACAGUUCGAUCCCGACAAUAGACCCACAGCUUCGGAGUUGUUGAACGACCAGUGGUUGGUGUCGAUUGCCCAACAGCACAAGGAAUGCGACUUGCUUCCUAACUUGAAGCAAGGUUUCGAUGCUAAAGCCAAGUUUAGACAGGCCAUCCAGUUGGUUAAGUUGAACAACCGCAUUCAGAAGUUGAAGGAAAUCCAAACGGACGAAGACGACGACCCAAAUGAAAUCAAUUUAUUCAGCGAGUCCGGUUCACUCGUCGAAGGAAGUACGACUCCAGUUCCAGGUUACGACAAAACACCUUUGGUCUCUUGGAAGAAGUUCUCGCAUAUUCUCAGCAACUUGGAAAACGACAAGUCCAGAGCAUCUUUCAGCAGUAGAGAAGAGUCCAGAAAGUCUUCUAACUUAACCAGCGAUGCCUUUGUGCAGUUGGUUCACACAGCUUCUGAGAACAAGGAAAGAGUACAGUCGUAUAAGGAACCCCACUCGUCGACU